AUGGGAUUCGUGCCAAGCUGGGGUUAUCUAGCACUCUGUCGAGUGUUGCUCGGAGCCUUUGAGGCUGGCUUUUUCCCGGCUAUGGUUUACAUCAUCUCAACCUGGUAUAGACGACAUGAAGUACAGAAACGGCUGGCCGUGUUCUAUCUUGUUGGUAUUUUCCUUGGUGCAUUUAGUGCCGUCUUCGCAGCUGCUCUGUCGCUCCUGCAUGGCACUUACGGAAUUGCUGGAUGGGCCUGGAUAUUUAUCAUUGAAGGCGCUAUAACGAUUGGUUUCGGUUUCGUUGCAUGGGCCUUCCUGCCUGGUUUCCCGGACCAAAACAACUUCCUGACCGAAGAAGAAACAUCCAUAGUCCUUCAGAGGGUCGAAAAGGAUCGCGGAGACGCAGUGCCUGAUGUCCUUACAUUUGAGAAAGUGGUCAGGCAUUUAUCGGAUUGGAAGAUCUGGGCGAUUGGCCUCAUGUAUAUGUGCGCGACGGUGCCAGCCUACGCCAUCAGUUUGUUCGUGACCAUCAUUCUAUCCUCGAUGGGCUGGAGCUCCCUCCAAUCUAUGCUCUUGAGCGCACCUCCUUAUGUCUUUACAGCAUUCACCGCGAUGCUCUUUUCGUGGAUUUCGGACAAGUAUUGCCGUCGGGCCGCGGUAAUUGCCAUCCAGGCCUGUAUCACAUUGACGGGAUUGUGCCUAAUGGGAUUUACGCCUCGUCCAGGCUGGCGCUAUGCGGGCGUCUUUCUCGCCAGUGCGGGUUCUUCAGGAUGCGUCAUUGGAAUUCUGGCAUAUUCCUCAAACAACGUUGUUACUCACACAAAAAGGGCUGUAACGACAGCGGUCACCGUUUCGUUGGGCGGAAUCGGAGGAAUCUUCGCUAGUCUCGUUUUCCGGCAAGUCGAUUAUCCAAGGUACAUGCCCGGCAUAUAUGCGACAAUCGGCUGUCAGUUCCUCUUGUUGUUCCUGCUGGAAACAACAACAGUGUUCUUCUCGUACAAGAACAAGUCCAUUCUUGAAGGGACCGCGACAGAGCCACUGGAAGGCCAAGAGGGAUUUAUGUACACCCUCUAA